AUGGAUUCCACAGCACUCAGACGCAUUCAAGGCCCAUCUGGGAUAACAAAAACAAACAAACAAGGUCGUCGACCUGGAAAAAUAGCCUGCACAGCUUGCCACGCCCGCAAGAAGCGAUGUGACAUCGCCCCGCCAUAUCACCAGUGCACGCACUGUCGCAAAGAAGAUCAAGUAUGCGUCCCGCGAGAUUCAAUUGAGAGUUCCAAGACUUACAAAACCAUUGGAAGACCUACCCGGCCCCAAGUCCCCAAACGCAACAACACCCAGAAACCUAGUAAGAGUCACGAAAACAAAUCCCCCCUCAAUGGGUUUCUGCCAAGAGGAAUCGACCACCACGAAAUACCUCGCUGGAGUGCGCUAUAUUCGUCGUACUCGGAAAUAUGUCGGCUACUGCCUCCUCUCACGCCUACUUCUGCUUCUCCGUCCCCGUCGCCCGAGAUCGAAGAGGAUAUUGCACACGCGCCAACUAUACCAAACAAGAGAAAGCGGGAUGCGUCUUCAUCAGGGUUGGACUCUUCGAAGCGUUUUCAGUCUGAUGUUUUACACACGGAUCGGGCGCAGACGGCUUCCAUAAAGGGGAUCAGCAUACCUGCUUCUCAAUCUCCAUCUCGGUCUCCGUCUCCGGCGCCUUUAGAGGAAAAGGCUGGUUUGGAGAAGGCGUUAGGUUGUGAAGCUGAGGUUCUGCACGGGGGUCCUGCUCCGGCCAGGGAGAGACUUCCAAGUCGUGGGGACUCCAGUUCUAACUAUGCUGUUUUUAUGAAUGAUCUCGAUGCAUUGCUUAGAUUUUGA